AACAAUUGAGAAGGAGGGAAUGGGAAAAGGGAGGGGGGUGUUGUUGGAAAAGGAGAGGGGUGGCAAGAAAGAAGGGAAUCGAAUGGAGGAAGAUUUAUGACGUGUAAUGUGACUGACCAAUCAGAGCUCAGGUUUACAACACCAUUAAUUAUGUCUUAAUAUAAAACAGCUAGCCAUUGCUGUCUUACACUAUUUCAAACGCUAUUCUAUAAACCGAAACAUACGAUGCAGAUACACCAAGAAUAGGAUGGUAAUAAACUGGGCUGUCUUAAGCCUGACUUUUGUCGCGCUAUGUCGAGUGAGCACACAGCUCACAGUAGGGGUAGACGGCUACAGAGGAUGCAUGCAGGAGAGCAUUCGAAGGCGUCAUUUCUUCCUGACGCCUGGCAGUUACAGCCCAGAGAGCAUGAACACUGUCUACUGUAGACAAAGGUGUGGCAUCUUCGAGUACGCUUACGCCGCGUUGUCUGAAGGAAAAUUCUGCUUCUGCAACAAUGACUUACCGGCGUCUCCCAUCGUGGGUCCGGACACAAACUGCGACCGUCCGUGUUCAGCCGGAGCUCCGGGGGAGACCUGCGGGGGAAAGACCCAUGUCAGUGUCUAUGACACAGUGGAGACAUUUUCUGGGCUUGAGGUGACGUCAGACAUCACAUCCCCACAAGCCACGCCCACAGUUGUUACACUAGACGUGAGCCUUGCCAAAGGUUCCAAUAUGGUGUUCAUGGCGGACUACGGGGAUGGCGCGAGUUUCACCGGCAAGAACGAGACGAACUUUCUGCAGAGACAGAUCUACCUGCCUGGUGUGUACACAGCCACCGUCAGAGCCCAAGAUGCACCCGGAGCUUUCUCUUCUAUUGAAGCUGUGACCGGGUUCCGACUUGACGAAGCAGUCAGAGACGUGGAGGUAACCUGUGACCCCGUGUUCGCCACUCACGAAGAGGGGAAGUGUCAGGUGGACGUGUGGCGAGGAACGGGUUUGAGACUGGACGCUGUGGUAACGGGGAAAACUGGCACAGACGUCAAUCUGAACCCCAUUGCUGACCCUCUGCUGUCAAUGGUGGGUACCUGGUCUAGCAACCCACUGGUAACCUUCCCCUUGGGCAAUCAAGUGUUCCUGCUGCGCUCUGCACAGUUCAGGAUGGCAGGCCGGAUCUACGGAUGGAGAAUGGUGCUGGACGGUACCCCCGCCUCGGGCACAGUCGAAGUCAUGGUCCUGACACCUACUUGUAGCUCCGAUGUGUACUGCUAUGAACAGAACAGCUGCCAGGGGAGCUGUGUGACCACUAGUGCGUCACGCUACACCACGUGUGUUGCAGGGGAGAGCUUUUGCCCACAGAAGGGCACCUGCGACGCCUCUUGUUCUCAAGCCAGCAGAUUCGACGGGUCAGGUGCAAUCUCAGUCAAUGCCUUCAGUGUCAAGAACAUUAUAACCUUGACCUUCACUUCCACGGGGGACCAGUGGUUUGAGCAGACGACUCCAAUAGAGGUUUCUCCAGGCGACAUUCUCGGUAUCCAUCAGACUGGCUCGUCCGGAAAAGUGUUUGCCAUUUCCGAGCCAGACACACAGAAGUCGGACCUUACUGCAAGUUACAACGUCCCUAGUGUGGGCACUCAGUACACCCAGGCCGCAGCAUCGAAUUCAGGGCUCAAACAUGCUCUGCAGGCUUUCUUCUCUGGGGGAUCCAAGACUGUCAUGAAGUACACCUUUACAGGAAGCCCCGGCACGUUCCCAAUAGAUGUGACCGUGACCAACCAUAUCAACAGUGCCUCGAAUCAAAGCGAGAUUAACCUGCUGGAAGGAGUCGAUUUUGCCAUAAUCGAAGGGCCGAUUUUUGUAGCUACAAACGAAGAAUACAUCUACACGUUAAUGGAACACACAGGUACAAAUCUGACGUUUGACUGGGAAGUGACGGACGGGUCCCCGCGCAGCCACAUGAGCAACCUGACCCAUACGUUCACGUCUGUUGGGGAGUACAACAUCACAGUGGCGGUGUACAACCUGCUCAGCCGCAAGGAGAACUUCACCACGGUCAAAGUUCAGGAAAAGGUACUAUCUGUGGAUGUAACCGCUCUGAACAGCGAGGUAAACGUUGCAGUGACCUUCACCUUAAACAUUGGGGCGGGCAGCAACUAUACUUGCACGUGGGACUUUGGUGACAACACUAUGCUCCAAGAAACUCCCUCCGCGAUCAGUCCCAUAGGCAUCAGCACGUGGGACCACACGUACAUCAGGGUUGGAGCCUUUCUCGUCCAGGUCAACUGCAGCAAUCAGAUCAGCUACAACGCUUCCAGUUUCACUGUGUACAUAGAGGAGCGUAUUGUUAACCUCAGACUUGAGCAGUCCGGAGCGCCGACUGGAGAAGUCUUCCGGGUCAAAUGGCAAAUUGACGGAGGGUCCAAUGUUGCCUUCUCUCUGACGUUUGAUGGGAAUGACGUCACUGUGGAUUUGGCCACCUCUGACCCUCUCACAUACAGAUGGCAGUCGGUGGUUCUGAGCGGACUGCCAGCGGGAGGGUACCCCUAUCAUUUAAAUGCAUCUAAUCAGCUCAACAGUGUCGUCGACUCUGGAAUAUUCAUCGUAACGAAUCCCAUCGUUAACCCAACAAUGGUCUCUGAUCUAGAUGAUGUCACCACAGACGAUACUGUGACCUUCACAGUGGACAUGGAUAGCGGUUCUGAUGUCUCUGUUGUAGUAGUGUUUCAGGACGGAAGUUCAAAUGAAAAUUUUUCCCCUGCAACCCCGGGUGAUACCUGGCAAGGCGCGUGGACCUUCACCCAUGACUUCAUCAAUGGAUGUACCUGCACUGUCACCGCUACAAUAUCAAACAGCGCAGGAACUUUCAUCCGGACCGUUGAUGUGCUAGUCAAAGUGGGCUUCAGUCUCAUCGACUGGAAUUUACCCGCUGAGGCGUAUUACCUGUACAACCCUCCAGCUUACCUGGGCUUUGAGUUUGUCUCCUCAACCGGUGCAUUCCCGACAGAUCCAACCAUAGAGGUGGACUUCGGAGACGGGGGGCCUGUGGAAGUGACCAACACCGUCUCAUUUGGACCCCCGGGUUACACGCGCCAGCUAGACGACACACUGGACUACCAUGUCACCGUCAAGAUGUCCAACGUCCUGGGCAGUCGCACAUACAGCCAUAAGGCUAUCGUGGUGGAGAAGUUAGUGGACCCGCAGAUCGCCCUGGAGUUCACGUCCGCCCCACUCAACCAGCCCUAUUACGUGACCUUCAAAAUGUACCGAGGAGAUCAAGGAGCCCUCACUCAGCUUAGCUGGGACUUCGGGGACGGCAACAGCCCCACUGUGACACAGAGACAAGGAGUCGGCGAGAACGGCGCCGACACACAGGCCGUGACGUACACAACUCUGGGCAGUAAAGUGAUCACAGUGACUGCCACCGCCCCCCUGGCACAGUCUGUGAGCAAAACCGUCACCAUCAACGUCAUAAACCCUGUCGUGGAUUCUGCAGUGACCAUCAACACUCCCGAUACCCCGCAAGGCUCCUCCAGCACGUUCACCAUAACAUACAGCCUGUCGCCCCUUCCUGACGGCGCUAGCAUCGUCAUCGACUACUACGGAGACGGUAGUGUGUUGUCUCCUCCAAUACCCUUCACCAUUACCACACCCGGGGGCACUCAGAACAUCAAUCACGUCUUUGCCCAGGACGGCCUGCACACUGCAAAGGUCACAAUCUAUAAUGCCGCUUCCAGUGCCACUAAGGAUGUCCAGGUCGGCGUGUACGGCACGUUCUCCGCUCUGUCGGUCAGCAGAGUCUUCCAGGAGGACAACCCACAGCCAACUGACUCCCCCCGCAACGGCUUGAUGGGAACUGGUACUAACUACCCCUUAGACAGAGGAGUCAUGUUCAGUGUGACAGACGUCUCCAACACUUAUGCCACAGAGUGUGACUUCAGCUACACAUCAGGCUCGGGUUCGACUCUACUGACGUUUCCGACUAAUACGUUCCACUUUCUCUUCUCACAGGAAGGUACAUACUCGCUAGACUUCACGUUGAAGAACCCCCUGAGCUCCAAGACGGUGUCACAGAGCAUCACGAUUGUGCGGAGAGUGAAGGGACUCCAGAUCACAGAGGAGACACAGCAAGUGGCGCCAGGAGAGGCCAAAAGCCUUAGUAUACGGCUCGACGACUACGGUUCAGACACCUGUGUGUACAUUGACUGGGGCGAGCCCUCUACCGGCGGAAAAUUGAAGUACUCCGACUCCUUUCCCUCAUGCAAUGACCCAGGCUUCACGUCCGCCACACAGGCAGGCACUAUGACUGAUCUUCUCACUGGAUUUGCCAGCCACGUUUACGGCUCGAAAGGGCUCUACACGGUGACCGUUACAGCCAUGAACCAGUACGGCAGCGAGGAAAAAGUUCUGACCAUCCCUAUCGCCCCCGGGGAUUGUUCCCAGCCCGGUCUCAGAAUUCACAACAGUCAGACGGCCUACUUCCAGGCACUAGACCAUCUCCGCAGCGCUGCCACCUCCAUCCUUGGCCUGGCAGACAUUAACUGCCCCGGAAGUCUCAACAAUGGAAAGAACUGGGAGAUAGAUCCCAUCGACCCGUCGACUGGUGAUAUCUUGACCCCUACAGUGGACAUGUCGGGUCUGACCAGGAACAAGGCGGAGCUGUACAUCCCUGCCCGUUAUCUGCCUCUAGGUCUGUACAAAGCCAGCUACAUCAUGGAUAUGAGGACGAGCAAUGGGGCCGUCACUCUGUUCAAUGGUCAGGCCUUCACCUACUUCAAGGUGGUGACCUCCCCACUCCUGGCUAUGUUAGUGGAGGGCGGCAUGACAGAAAUGACGAAAGGCUCCUCUCAGACGAUCACACUGGAACCCCUGAGAUGGUCCAAGGACCCAGAUCUUGAUCCAGCGGCUGCACAGGGACUUUCAGUGGUCUCAUGGCAGUGUGAAGUUAUCGACGUCACUGAUCAGUCGACAUGCAGUGUUUUCACUUCGGGUGGUACCGCUGGUUCCUUGAACGUUCUUGGUUCUAGUCUGGUGGAUGGAUAUACUUACAAGAUUACAGUGCAACUGCAAAAAGACACAAGAGUAGCUUCUGCUGUUGUGAACAUCCGGAUGGAUGGGAGUAAUCCCCCUGCUGCCACUAUCAAGUGUCUCCCCGGCAGUGUGUGUCUACAGAUGACCGAUGGCUACAAGGCCCUCGAGACGUCCCGGAUCUCCCUGGACUGUGACUGCAGCAGCUGUACGGCGGCGGCGCAGUUCUACUGGACCGUGUACAUAGAGGACUAUCGCUGGCCGGAGGGAUGGAGGCCGCUCAAAGAGACAGACAUCCGAGAGAGGAGCAUCAGUUUUGCCUCGAAAGAGUUAGCCCUAGAAAGUAGCCUGUUUAAGUACUUCUCCCACAAGACAAGUAUGUUCCGGGCGACAUGCAACGUCACAGACGCCGGAAGUUCGAGUCUCACCUCAACCAACAUCCACAUCAACCGUCCACCAAGGGGGGGUAACUGUAGCAUUGUACCACUGGAGGCUGUGAGCUCCCCUGAUGGUGCCAAGCAGUGGAAAAUCGAGUGCUCCAACUGGGAGGAUGAGGACGGUAUUCAAGUGUUUCAGUUCUUCAGUGUUUUCGGAGACGGUGAGGUGGAGAAAGAGAUCUCUUCCUAUCCCACUUCCAAGGGUGACAUCACCAUCAAUGUGACGAUUCCUGUUGGACCACAGUACCGUGACUAUGUGCAAGACCUCUACGUGUCUGUACGGGACACACUGAAUGCAGCCGCCAGGCACAAAUUUGCGGAGGUGAGAGUACUGCCCCCCAGCAGCGAGGAUCUCCGGACUUAUGUCUCAGAAGUGCUGGAGAAUCCAGACCAUGACUUCUUUAGGAUUUUCCAGGCGGGUGACCAGCGGUCAGUGACAGAAGCUGCCGGUGCAAUGGCGAUGCUGCUAACAGAUGAUGCCUUGAAGAGCAGAAAGGAAUAUGAUGACUACGAAGUUCCGGGUAACUAUAUCUGCACAGGAUACGGCGAAUACGACAUGAAUAGAACCAACGCCUAUAAAAAGCUCCGCACAAAGAUGUCCAAGUUUGCAGAGGGCCUGUCUUAUGAGACGGUGAUGUCCAUCCAACAGGUGGCCGGCCUGUACGCUCACAUUACGUCAGAGCCAAGUGAAGUCACCGAGGAAAAUAUGAACACUACGAUCGCUGCCCUGAAGAAGAUGAUGAUUAACCUUGCUGACCCACUCAAGAUGGCCGGCACUCCACAAGAAGACAUCCAAAAGGCAAUGGAAUCUAUAUACUCAGCCCUUGGGGGCCUUAUGGAGGCUGGUGGUAUGAAAGGUGACUACCCCACUCUGACAGAGCUCACAAUUGCUCAAAAGGACCCUAUCUGGCCGAUCUACGAGACGUCAUUGGAGGCUUUGGGGGAUGAAACUGAUGUGUCCAAAGCAAAUAGCUAUGAUGAGGCCAAGUUGUGGCACACGACUAAUAUACACAGAAUUCUUCACAGACGACAGGCUGAGUACAUUGCCGAACAAGCCUAUAGCAUCCUGGAUAUGAUGGCCAAACUGUUCGACAGCUUUGCCAUCCCAGGCCAGGUACAAAAGAGUACUUCCUUCCGGAUGAAGACACGCCUGGAAAAAAAUGUGGUCAGCAACUUCCUGGGACGGACAAUAACGCUGGAAGGAGAUGUGGCGGCAGCUAUCUCGCUGCCAGAUACCGUGCAGGAACUGUUGCCAGAUAUUUCCCUCAAUGAGGACGCCAUUGUCACAUUUCAGAUCGCCCAAAGCACCAAUUUCCCCAAGCGUUACUCAGAGCUGGCCCGCUCCGCCAUUCACAAAUAUACCCACUUUGUUACUGUGGACUUGUACAACUCGGCUGGCGGCAAACUCGUCAUUGACAGAACGCGAAAACCUAUCGUGAUCACAAUACCUCAUGACGUGAACUCUCCAAAGGUGGUCAAGAAGAACGUGGAGCCGUUAAUUACUACGUGGAACAGGUUUCAGCUGCACCAGACAUCCACCGUUUCACCGGGAGCCUCUAUACAUGUAGACUUUGAGCUCGCACCCGACACCCAGCUUCUUGUCGUAGCCAAGUUUGAUGGUGUGCCGGACCCGGAGACAGAUGACAUUGACUUCAGCUUCCUUGUGCCACCCACUUUGCCUCCUGAACCGGAUCAAAAACACCCGUAUCGUAUAGUUCUCACCAACGAUGACGUCAACAAUCGUGUUGGAGUUUGGCGUUUUGGCACGCGGGAACGAAACGCUACCAACAUCAACAAGCCGUUGCCUAGCAAUGUGGAAAUGGCGGCUAUGUAUGAAAAGGGAGCUGGACCCUUCCGCAACAACUACAACGUGACCAUAUGGACCAGCGGGUGUUUCCAUAUCCGGACAGAGGAAGGCGGUAACCAUGAAGACUGGAGUGACUCGGGAUGCGAGGUAAGCCGCGACAGCAAUGAGCAACAAACAGUUUGCAACUGCUACCAUCUUACUACGUUUGCCGCGGGUUUCGUCGUUGCACCAAACGUCAUCGACUGGAACUACGUGUUCGCCAAUGCGGACUUCCUCAGCAACCCCACACUCUACCUCACAGAAAUCUUGAUCACGUUGGUCUUCAUUGUGGCCUUUGUCUUAGCCAGACGCAAGGAUAAGCGAGACGCACAGAAGGUGAGAUGAGUGAAGCCAGUAAUCUUAAAGUGAUGCUUUGUUUUACCGCCUUCUUGGGCUCUUAAUUUAAAAUAAAAGGGAAUCCUGAGGUUUUUUUUAAACGGACAAAAUAGGUAAUCCUGGUAACCCUCUUGGUUGUGUAGAAUAUCGUGACAAUUGUUACUUCUAAAGCAGUUUUGAUUGAAGUUUGAACCAUGACGCAAGAAAUGACGCUGGCCCUUUCGGACUUGACCAUUCUUCAAGAGACACACGCAAAGUUGCUAUCACCUCGGAGAUUAUACCAUGAUAAGGAAUUUAGAUUAGAAAAAUAAUCAGUUAAACAACAUGUUUUUACAUUAAAUACCUUCUUCCCAAAUUUUAAUGCAACCUAGGUGUCUAAUACGGUUAAUAUUCUUUCAUUAGUGUUUCCAUAUUAGUUCUAUUUUCGACUUCGACAAGUGCUAGCGUGAAUACACAUUUUUCCCAGUUUGUCUAUUACAAAUGGGGGCUCUCGUGGCCUAGAGGUUAAGGUGU